AUGAAAGCUCUCAAGAUCUUCCUAGUGUUUGCGUUGUUCAUGGCCUUGGCCAUCACCAAUCUCUCAGCCGCACCAUCUACCGAUGAAUCUUUGUUCGUUCACAAUAACGAUGAUCGUAGUCAAGUCGAUCCACCUUCUGUUGGGAUUACGAACCAGUUUCUUGCUCGGAAACGUCGGGCCUCGAUAACAUGUAAUGAAUACCCGAGAGUGUGCCGUGUGCCGGGAAGCCCGGGGACUGACUGCUGCAAGAAAAGAUGUGUGAAUGUGACGAAGGACAGGCUUAAUUGCGGGAAGUGUGGUAGGAAGUGCAAGUACUCGGAGAUUUGCUGCAAAGGGAAGUGUGUGAAUCCGAUGUCCGAUAAACGGCACUGUGGGGGUUGCAACAAUGGCUGCGACAGAGGAAGUAAAUGCUUGUACGGGAUGUGCAGCUAUGCCUAG